UACGAGGGUGAGUACAACGCGGCGGGAGAGCGCGAGGGGCGCGGCGUCUUGCGGCUCGCCAACGGCGACGUCUACGAGGGCGAGUGGAAGGCGGGUAAGCAGGAGGGGCGCGGCGUCUACCGGUACGCCGACGGCAGCGUCUACGACGGCGAGUUCAAGGCGGAUAAGUACGAGGGGCGCGGC